CCGAUGGCUGGAGGCGUCUGAGGGGCGGACGGAGGCGGCGGCGGCGGCGGCGGCGGCGGGAGCGGGCGCGGGCGCGGGAGUGGAGCAGCCGCCGCGGGACCGACAGACUGAGCCUCGCCGGCGCACCUGCCCGCAGCGCCCGCGGAGCGGCCCGAGCGCGACCAUCUCCCGGAGCGGCGGCCGAGGCGGCUGAGGCGGCGGGGAGCGGGCGCGGCAGGCGGGACGCGGUGUCGAGACAAUUUUACAUGUUUUGGAGACCAGACCAGAAGCACUUCUGAAUUAAGAUCUAAGAUUCUUUGAGGUGGCUUUGAAGAGCACUAAGAUUAGAAGAUGAGUGAACUUGACCAGUUACGGCAGGAGGCCGAACAGCUUAAAAACCAGAUUAGAGAUGCUAGAAAAGCGUGUGCAGAUGCAACUCUCUCCCAGAUCACAAACAACGUCGACCCAGUGGGAAGAAUCCAGAUGCGUACCAGGAGAACGCUGAGGGGGCACUUGGCCAAAAUCUACGCCAUGCACUGGGGCACGGAUUCCAGGCUUCUAGUUAGUGCCUCACAGGAUGGUAAGCUUAUCAUCUGGGAUAGCUACACCACGAACAAGGUUCAUGCCAUCCCUCUGCGUUCCUCGUGGGUCAUGACAUGUGCAUAUGCCCCUUCUGGCAACUAUGUGGCCUGCGGUGGCCUGGAUAACAUUUGCUCCAUUUACAAUCUGAAAACUCGUGAAGGGAAUGUACGUGUGAGUCGUGAACUGGCUGGACAUACAGGUUACCUGUCCUGCUGCCGUUUUCUGGAUGACAAUCAGAUUGUUACCAGCUCUGGAGACACCACCUGUGCCCUGUGGGACAUUGAGACCGGCCAGCAGACGACCACAUUCACUGGACACACCGGCGACGUCAUGAGCCUUUCGCUCGCUCCGGACACCAGACUGUUUGUCUCUGGUGCUUGCGAUGCUUCAGCCAAACUCUGGGACGUGCGAGAAGGGAUGUGCCGGCAGACCUUCACCGGCCACGAGUCCGACAUCAACGCCAUCUGUUUCUUUCCAAACGGCAAUGCGUUUGCCACUGGCUCGGACGACGCUACCUGCAGGCUGUUCGACCUCCGUGCGGAUCAGGAGCUCGUGACUUACUCCCACGACAACAUCAUCUGCGGGAUCACCUCCGUGUCCUUCUCCAGGAGCGGGCGCCUCCUCCUCGCGGGGUACGAUGACUUCAACUGCAACGUCUGGGACGCCCUCAAGGCCGACAGGGCAGGGGUCUUGGCCGGGCAUGACAACCGCGUCAGCUGCCUGGGGGUGACUGACGACGGGAUGGCCGUGGCAACAGGGUCCUGGGACAGCUUCCUCAAGAUCUGGAACUAACACCAACAGAAAUAACCUCUUUAAAGCUGUAACCAUUGCUCCUCUGUGCACACGCAUCGCAUCGGAAGCCGUGCAGCCAGCGGCUCUGCACACUCACCUAGCGGGAUAUUCACUGUUUUCUUUAUUCCUUUAAAAACAAGUCCUGUUCCAAACGAUUGCUGUUGGAAUUGGGGGGUGGGGCGGGGUGGUACAGGGAAUGGAGACCCCGGCCUCCCUUUGUGGAUUCCUCACAGCCCGGCUCUCCCGUGGAACCAGCCUUUUGCACCGAGGCAGACCAUUUUUCUAACAUGCAGACGUCCCUGGUUUUGUGCGCGUCCAGUGUGGAGCAGUGGCGUUGGGACGGCGCAGGCCUCCUCCCCGCACCAAGCACUCCCGUAGAGGCAGCAGCGGCUUCUCCAUCCUGUGUUUGCACCAUCCUGUGUGCCCUGUGCCCUGGACCCGCAAAGAGUGGGACAAGCACCCCCCCGCCCCGGCCCUACCCCCCUCGGCACCCCUGUAGAGCUCUCUGCACCCUGUCCCUCACCUUUUGUAUUUAAUUUUAAAGUCAGUGUACUGCAAGGAAGCUGGAUGCAAGAUAGAUCCUAUAUUCACUGUACUGUUAUUUAAGAUGUAAUAAAGCAGUUUGACAUGAGGGA